CAGUAGAGGGAACGGAGUAGCCGCCGAAAGCGCAAAGAGAGCCAUAAUUCGCCGGGCCGCCCCGCAAUCAGGUUCGUGCUUUACAAUCCGCCUUACUCGCGACAUUCGUCGUCGGACGGAAUAAAAAAAAGAAAGAAAAAAGGACGGUAUAUAGUGUUUUUACCUAUGUUUAAUGCCGGAUCGGACCGCUCUCGUGGUCAGUCGUCGGCUCUAACGUGCUUAACCGCGGAGGCGUGAGAGCGUGCGUGCGCGCGUUUUUAAAAGCGACUCAUUGAUCUUGACGCACAGUAGCAUUCGCGCGCGCGGCCUCCGAGCGCGGUUCGUAUGUCGCGCUUCCGAGGAGACGUAGUCGAGUGCCGCCGCGCGCGCAAGAGAGAGAAGUAGUGGUGCCGAGCGGAGAGGCGCGCAGGAAAAUGAAAAGGAACUCAGUGCCUCAUUGACAGCUUCGCGCCGAAAGUCAUCUCCCGCCUGUCAGUUGAUGCCGGGGAUCCCUCGCGCAGCACGCGACUCGCUGGAGAUUCCCAGCCCUCGGCUCCGAUCGAUUUCCACAUGUCGCUCGCGCCAGGACGGCGGGACCCUUCGUUCAUUGUUAUCUCCGACCCCUAGUGCGACCCCAGGCACCGGAGAGAGAGAGAGAGGAAAAAAAAAUACAGGCCGCAGAUACCAAAGAUACCGGAACGGAGGAAAGAAGAGGGCGUAGCCUGAAACAAAAGAAAUAAACGAAAAGAGAAAUAAAGCUAAAGUAAAAAGUGAAUAAGAACCGGAGGGGGAAUGGUAAGCAAGAACACCAGGCUAAGAUAAAGUCGUUAAUAUUAAAGAUAAAAGAGCGAAGGAGAACCUUUGUAGGCUCAUUUUCUGGCACUGGAUGUCGGAUUAGCGCGUCGGCCGCGACGCAGAAGGGCGGAAGGUGCAAACAUUUCGGUAUGCGCGAAAAAGUGAUAUACACUGACAUCUCCGAGGAAGAGUUAAACAUUAAGAAGGGGCGAGAGAAAAAGAGAAGAUUUAUUUCUCAAUUCGAUCUACAAUUGAUUCCUACUACAUACCAUACGCUUACAAACCAGAAACCGGGAUGGUAAUGCAAAUAGUUCCUCGAAAAAUAUCUGAUCAAUAUUACACGAGCCAAAUAAUCAAAAUAAAAAGGGUAUUUGAAUACUUAAAUUUCGGGGAACUAUUCAGCAGAUACUAUACUUUCGCACUACAGUAUCAGGUACUAUUUGGUCAAACUAAAGAAGAAGCAUCCGAAAAGUUCAACGCCGGACAUCUUUAAGAAACAGUAGAGGACGCCGCCACGAACCACCAAAAUAAGCAAUAGCGUCACUCGCCGAAUACACAUAGCGACACAAUCAUUUUGUGGUCUCGGUCCGACGUUUUACCGCGCGCUUCCAGGUGCCACUUCUAUCAUGAUCCAAGUACUAUGAGAUUCUUCAACGUGGUGCACGCGAAGUUUCCCCUAUACCUACUUUUAUUUGGACGCUUAGCUUUCAUUUGUUGGCCUCUCACUCCCGACGACGGCUAUUGCGCGAAGCGGUACCUGUGACCAUCUGUUUACCGAGGCAUCGAACAAUUGCAUACUACGACCAGGUCAGUCGUCGUGACUCGAUAUAUCUCUCUCUCUCUCUCUUUCUCUCUCUCUCUCUCUCUCCCCCUCUCUCUCUCUCUCUCUGGGUGUAAAUUCGGGUGCGAUUGAGUCGGGCGACUUUCGAGAGAUUGGAGAACGGAAGCGUUGAGUGUGCGAACUGAGAGACUUGUGAACGUGGGGUGCGGUGUCCGGAUCCGAGGGUGGCGUGACAAGACGCGCGCGCGCGCGCGAGCACGAUAGCACCGCGAAUCGAGAGCCCCAGGGGGACGGACGCCAUGGCGGCUUCUACGACCUCAUCGACCGGCGGAGAGCAGCAAUACUCUUUAAGAUGGAACGACUUUCAGUCAAGCAUCCUCAGCUCCGUACGUCAGCUGAGGGACGUGGAAGACUUCGUAGACGUCACGCUCGCCUGCGACAGCUGCAGCUUCACCGCGCACAAGAUCGUUCUCUCGGCGUGCAGCCCGUACUUCCGAAACCUGCUCAAGGCAAAUCCAUGUCCUCAUCCAAUUGUAAUCCUGAAGGACGUGGCAUCGUCGGACAUGGAAUCCUUGCUGCGUUUUAUGUAUCACGGGGAGGUGCACGUGGGUCAGGAGCAGCUACCUGCCUUCCUGAAGACGGCUCAGAUGCUUCAAGUGCGGGGUUUGGCGGACGUUAGUAGCGGCGCCACGAAAAUUCCGCCGUCGUCGGCCGGCAACAACGGUAGCGCACCUGCGACCCCGCGUAAUUGGCAAGAUAAUGGCAGAGGAGAUCUCAAUGACAGUGAAAUGAGCCCACCGGAAAAGCGAGCGAGGAGUUACAGUCCGCCAAUUGGCAACCAUAUUGAACCAAAGUCGGAUCUUCAGGAAUCCUUGUUAGGUCAGGCGCUCGAAGGUGGUCCCACGAUACACACGACAUCGACAAACAAUAAUAUACAGGCGCAAUCGACUGGCGAGGACUCGAACUCCAUGUCGGAGAACGAGGAAGAUAUGUCGAAUCACGGCAGCAUCCUGAACGCGGUGAAGACCGAGCCUAGUGACAUUCUAAAUGACUCUUUAGAACACCAUCGUAACAACUUCCCGGCAGCGUUGUUGAGUCUUCAAGGCAUGAACAUGCCAGGACCUUCCGGUAUGCAUCAGGUAGCCAAUCAGGAUCCAAAUUACGGGCGGUGGCAGCCCUCUGGAGGAGACGGUUCAAGCUCGAGUUCCGGUUGGCUGCCGGGAACAUCCUCGAAGAGCGAGCACGCCGGGUCUGGGACCUACCAGAGCGACGGAGGUCACAACUCGAAAGGGCAGGAUCUCUCGGCCCUGCUUCAGCAUCAUCACCACCAGCAUCAUCACCACCACCAUGCCACCAGCCAACAGUCGUCGCAGCAACACACCCUCGACGCCCUCAACUCCCUCAAUAACCUAAACAGCGAGCAGCUUACGAUAAUGCAUCAGAAGCUGCAGAACAAUCUCCAAAAUCUACAGAGCACCGCUACCAAGAGCGAUCAGCUGAAUCUGAUGCUGCAGUCUUGCGCCAAGGACAAGAUCGAGAGCAUGGCGAUACUACAUCAACAAAGUCACAGGCGGUAUCACCAGCAAAUGGAAAACAGCGGCGGCGGUAAACCCAAGUGUCCCGAAUGCGGCAAGAUAUACUCGAACAAUUCCAAUCUAAAGCAGCACAUCGUCAACGUUCACACUGUGCAGACCGAGUAUAUCUCGUGUCACGUGUGCAACAAGCAAUUCAAGACGAAGCAGUAUUUGCAGAUUCAUCUACUUUCCAUGCACGGCAUCAGAAAGCGAAAAACCUAUCCUCUGUAUCAUCAGAUGCGCGUGCAGACGCAACAGCCAUCUUCGCACUCUGCCUCGCAAGUUUCCGCGAGCCAGCAGUCUCAACAAUAAUACCCGACGGCUGACGGAAGACAAGCAGCAAUCCGGAAGUUGAUCCAAGAGGGCUCGCGAUUUACGUACAUGCGUGCGAAAGAUCAUUCGCCGAUGGCUCAGAAUUCGUGAUCUCUUUUGUCAAGACUUUUCACGGACGGUUUUUAUAGUGAUGAAUCCGUUGUUAUUGCGCUUUGAAGAAAUCAAAUGUGAAAAACGCGCUGCGCAGAUGUGUGCUUGUGUCUUCAGCGGAAGUGAAUUGACGCUGACGAUAUCACAUUUGCAGAUGUAAUGCAUUUAUAUAUAUAUAUGUAUAUAUACAUAUAUUUUUUUCUGUGAGAUGCGCUAGAGGAAGGUGCGUAGAUUCAACGUAGACUUUAAUUGUCUUUCUAUAAUUAUCAAUAUCUUCGAACAAAGAUAUUUGCACACCUUUUUUAAAACGGUGUACAAGUACAUAAUUUAAUAAGACUGCAAGUAGUAUUUUACAUUUGGUUCCGAUAAUUUAAGUUUAUUUAUAGUUAAUGAAGAUAAACUACGACGAAGAGUUUUUGCUCCGAUUUGUAUCAUUAUUUUGAAAUUUUAUUACUUUUUUUUUGCGGGCGAAGAAAUAAUAAUACCGCAGGCAAUAGUUGCAGGCUUUUGUUUCCUUACGAGUUUCGUUAGAUGGAGAGAAAUCUUAAUAAAUUAAUACUUGAUUUAUUUAUGCGAGUGCAAUGGACAUUUAAAUUUUAUAAUUUCAUCGCAAACCGAUCUCUAAUUUCUUACACGUGUGUUGAAAGCGUAUGCUUCUCCAUAUUUUAUACCACGUUUAACAUCUUCGGUAUUAAAGGUAUUUAAUCGGCAGAAUAGAAAUUUACAUCUACGCAUACGUUAUUCCAAAGUAUUAGUUGUAUAAUAUUUCGAAUGAUUUGAUUGCACAUUCGGCCUCCCUCUCAGCGCAUCAACGGUGGUUAAAUUUGACCCUGAAUGUGCGUCGAAAAGGCCGCACCUAAGCGAUCGAAACUCACAUUCGUAGGUAUUCGUUUUUUAUUAGAGUUCGGAUAAGGGUGCGGAGGUGUCGAUAGGUAAGGCGGAGGCGAAAGAAGGGUGCUGGUACGAGAAUUGGCCGACCUAUUUUCGUCCCAUACCGCAGUGCGCAGUUCACCCUUCGCAUUGACGAUAAGCAGGCCUCCUCGAUUGGUCGGAAGAGGACGAACGGGGGAAAGCGCGCGAGAGAGAGAGAGACAAAGCUAGAAAAAGCUCCGCGAGAGCUUCCUUUAUCGCGGUAUAACUAGUGCGAUAAGUAAGGCGGGUAUGACCAAUCCUGUUUUUUGAAAAGCAGUCGCGGAGCGACCCUCCCAUGGUAUAUUCAUCUUUUGUGAAAUCGCCUGCCUUUAUGGAAGAGCUGAGCGGAAUGAAGGAUUACGCAGAAGUGGGUGGGAAAGCCGGAGAUACGGACUCUCACCUUCAAGAGCUAUUGUUAUUAAUAUCUUGCGUCGCUUACUUUCUGUGGGAGAAAGCUUUCCAAUUUUUAUAUGUAUAUAUAUGUAUCAAGCAUUAAUGAGGCUCACUCUAGAUGUAUGCGUAUAUAUGAAGUAUAUAUAUAUAUACAUACACACAUACACACUCACAUAUUGCUCAUUGCUACCUGUGUAUAGACGUCAUUAAAAAAAGGACAAUCGACUUUUAAGGAUUGCGAAAUUCCCAUUUUGAAACUUGCACAAAUACAAUCGCGCAAUGUUAUUUUGCAUAAUUAUCGGAGAUGGAGGCACCACCACCAGCUGCAAUCUCGCGGCAGCAAUCUGUCGUAAUUGGCAUGACUGAUGUACACAAUAUUAACCACGAAAUUUCCCCCGUUCAUCAUCGUGUCAAUUUAUCUUAUAGACAAAAAAAGAUAUGAAAAUGAGCAAUCAAGCUAUUCGUACAUCGCAAUUUCGUUCGUUUCUCGUUUGACGAGAAAUGAAGAUCGACAAACGCUUUCGUGAAAAAUCCGGAAUCAAUUGGCGCAGCAUCACUUCGCCUCUCGUGACGUAUAUCGGGGAGCAUGAACAUGUACGUGUGUCACGCACGCCAUCGUUCGCGAUAUUACGGGGGAGAAAGAGAUAGGGUACGUCGUAUUGAUCUCGAGGAUUCAACAAACAGCACCUAGUACCUCCCGCUCGUUCCUCUCUAACUCUAUCUUACUCCUCCACCCAGUGCCAAUCCCCUCACCCUGCCGUUCCCUCUUUCCUACGCCGAUACCUCUCCCUGUCUCUCAUCGUGUUCCAUACGAUUCGCCCUCGCGUAUAUAGGGUUUGAUGAGGGCAAGCAACCCUGCUCGGACGAUAAUCGCAAUUCCAUUGUCGGGCUUUCGAUCGCCGUCGGUCUCGUCUCGACAAUAGUUCGCGCAAGGAGCCGCCUCCUUCCGCACUUUCUCUACGGCGGAGAAUGAGAUUGGCGAGUCGCGCUGGAGGAUAAUAUCUCGAAAAAAUAAAUGACGCCCAUUUUCCUUCGUUACACUGUGGUUUUCAAUAUCAUACGCAGCACAGAGUAAGAGCAAGAGCGCGCUUUCAAAAUUUUUGAAGCUUUGCUAUUAAAAGGGCAUGCGUUAGAGGACUCGAUAGUUAAUUCUUUUACACGGUUGAAAUUACAUUUAACCGAUGAGACAUGUACAUUAUCUUGCUUCAAAUUUUACCUUCACAUGUGUGAAAAGUAAGCAUUCGCGAGGGAAUUAAUUUAACCGGAGAAACAGUUUCGACUCAUCGAUCCGGCGACGCUUGUUAACGACACGAGUGUCUGUCUCGGGUUAGCGGAUUGCCGAUUUCCGCGCAGACGGGCGAGCAAGCGAGCGAGGAAAAGUUUGCUGGGACACGCGAUAGUCGGGCCUAUGACCAUCGACCACGCGAUGGUCCCAGCAGUCGCCGCGCUUAUCCUCGUUGCGAACCCCUGACAAAACAAACCCCGCCGGCUUAUCCAAUUCCGCGGUAUUUCCACGAAUUUCUUCCAUCCCGUGCCAACCCCUGGCGCUCGCAAACCCCCCCAACGUAAAUGGAGGCAGAGCUUCGCAUUUGUUCUCAACAACCUCCCCCAGCUACCUCCCUGUCUCCUUAUCCGCGCGCACGUUCUUCUUACUCCGACCGCUUCCCUCCCUCCGUCCGCGCCUCAUCGUUCUCCUUAUUUCGUGCCAUCGGCGUAAAGCUCCGUCGCCUCCGAGCGCGGCCUCGUCUAAAAGCACUCACCGGUACUCCACUCGGCACGGGCGCGGUCGGGGAUGGGAAUCACUUCCGUUUCAGGACGUGUGGUAACCCAGUGACGCGAGGCACGGAAGAAAACGAUAGGAUAGAGGAUCAGCUGCGAGACUGCGCAGCCACCCGCAUGACUCUCGUGGCUAUGAUUGAUGAUUGUCGUUUACGAGUACUCUCGGUUACUUUGGAGAUGAUGCGAUAGUUCCUGAAGCCUCAAGAUGAAACCUUGUGAAAGUUUCGGUUGAAUGAUACUUCAGUAAGAGCAGCUUUUUUUUCCUUUACAAGUUUUAUCUAUUUUCUUUUUCUUUUCUUAUUGAUGAAAGUCGCAAGUGCCAAUCCCAGGCUGAAAUUAAAUCGAGCAAUUUGUCUGUCCUAUUAAUUGCACGGCGCAGUAAUUAAAAGAUGGACGAAUAAUGUAAUUUUACCUUUUUUUUUUAUUUGUGAAGAUUCUGAUUUUAAAAAGCGGUUGGACCGCAGAUAUAAUCAGCAAACUUGCUUCAAGCCAGCAUCAUGUGUGCAAGAGAUCCUUAAGCCAAGAUUCCCGCAAGCUAGAUUUUUUCGGAGUUGCAAGAAUCAUCGAGACAUAUUUCUCUCAAGUUUGCCAUUUGAAGACAGUAAAUUCUUACUUGAAACGAAGUAAAAUAAACGGGAGGAGGAUCGAUUUUGUUCGCGGUUUUUCGAAAUAUUAUUUAAUCGUCCUAUACUUAAAUUGAUAUUUAAGAAAUUUUUUACAUGCUUAGUGCAUCUAUUUAAAGAAAUUGUUAUUAAAUCGCUUAGAUAUUAUUUUGUUUGAAAGCCUAAUGUAAUUCAAUGAGAAUGUACGUCGUGAAAACUAAAUUAAAAAAGUUUCACGAAAUUUAUUUCGACCUCUGAUUUAAAAGUUCUACGAACAUACAUUUUCGUCUUGGCUGCCUGACAUCGGGGACAAUUACGCGUAUCAUUCCAGCCGCCGAAAUUACGUGUCAGCGUGACUUAUGUUCUUUUUGCGCCGGUCCUUAUCUCAAUCUCGCGCGUUAGAUUCUAGCGGCCUACUACAGAUCCAUGUUUUCUACUGCACGGUUGAUUCUCGAUCGCGCACUCUCAGCAGAUUAGGGCCAUCUAUCACCCGGAUCCGAUCCGGAUAGCUUCGUUUCGACCGGGCCUGGUCAGAUCCUUAUCAUCCUGACGAGUUUCCUCUGGAAAACGUGGCUUUGCCCACGUUUGACCACCGCUGCUCGAUAUCGCGCGCGAUAUUUUUCGGCGCGAAAGAGAGGAAGCUCACGAGUAGAUUUCAAUAUGGCAAAAGCGAUCGCGUGAGCGGGCGUAUGUGGCCGUUCAUCAGCGAGCGUGCUUGCGUCGGCACUGUGUGCGUGUGCGCAGGGGAUCGGAACAUUCGCAGCCACGCGGAUGAAGGGGAAGCAGGGUAGGACCUAUUCCUCUUCGUCUUCUUCUUUCUUAAUCUUUGCUGACCGCCCGUAUCCCCCAGAUGUCCGUUCAAAUCUUGGUUUUCUCAGAGUAUUCGAGGAGGAAAGGAAAACUCGAUUACCUGAAGUUUAAUGUUAGGAAGAAGAUUGAAAUAGAUAUCGAAAUACAUCACGUUCUUUCCUAAUAUAAUAAGUUUUCACGUGCCGUGUGUGAACACACAUCUCUGUUGGUAUAUUCUUCUAGAUGAAUUUUGUCAAUAUUUGAAUUAUUCAUUAAUUUUAUUUUCUAUACUACGACUGUGUUGAAAGUAUAGAUAAGUGUAAUCUUCCGUAUUAUACUUUAUAUUAUGUUUCGUAAGUAUUCUUUUAUAUUAAACCUGUUAAUAUUCUAAAAGUAAAUGCAAUCGAUUUCUCUAUACCAUCGUCAACAAUUCUUCGGGCAAAUAUAGCGUUUAAACUCAAUCAAUAUUACACUAACACUCAAGAAAAUGAGGAAACUUCGUGUUGCAAAGAUUGCAAGUAAAGACUCCAAAGUGGAGGUGAUGUGAUCAGGUUAUCCCAAUCGAACUGUUCGAAACGCGGGCUGAAAAAUAAAGAUCAGUUGGAAAAAGAUCCGGAAAUGAGACGAGAUUGGAUGUAAUGGCCCACUUCGGGAGUGGCGAUGCCAUCAGAUAUAUUCUUGGGAGUUAGGGCCGGUAGCUCGAACUUGUGUAGGUGGCCUACACGUGGCUUAGAAGACGCGGAACAAUCGCCGGAGGACACGGCGCGAAGGGUAAAAAUGAGGUUCUUGCGCGACAAGAGCGGAGCAACGAGACAAAUGCACAGUGUCACGUCGAACUGUUUCUAUCUCUCUUCUCUUCCGCUGCCACCGCCGUUCUCUUUUUGCUAUCCCUCCGUCCUUCCUUCCUCUGACUUUGUCCCACCGACCAUUUCUUCUCUUGCCUCUUUAAUGCCGCGGACGCCCCUUUUCUUCGCCCCGAUCCACGCGCGCUACCGUCGCACGCUGGGCGACUUGAAUCGCGCCAAGGGUGGGUUCGCUGUACGUUAUUGCGUCCUUCGGACAAAUGACCGUUGCGAUUCCUGCUCAGAACCUGCCGCGUUAGUCUCCGCGUUUGCCGAUCAGCUGACUUUCGGACGGAGGAUACGUAUUUUUAGUAGCUUGAAUACAUUACGUGAAAUUAUUCGCGAACAACGCGAUGUUACGCCGGACAAUCGUAGGGGACGUAAAAUAUAUUCGCGCGAGAAUUUAUUGCGUUUUGCAAAACUUUUAUUUUCGAGCUCAAUUAGUUUAUUAUACAGUUUUAGAAAACAACGCGUAAAUUUCACGGAUCGAUAAAAGAAAAACAAAUAGUAGGGAAAAACAUGGCGCGCACAUGGCUUUACAUUCCCGUCGCGCGUUCGAAAUCGUCGUUACGAAUACUCGGUUUUAAUCUCCCUGGUCUAUCGAUUCUCGUCGACAUGAGCGAAAAACGAGAACGCAUUUCACGGACGUUACAACAGAGUGGCAAACGUGGCGCGGCAUGGCAAAAAAAAAAUUACCUCCGAAAUCCACUUAAUGCAAUAAAAACGGUGGACAUCAAAGGCGAAAUCUCAUUAACGAGGAAAAGCGCAAAUAUGCUUUUAUCUGGAAAAAAGCGCGAGCUCUUAAACAAAUUGACAAUAAUAAAUAGAUAUUAAAAAAAAAAGUCUGCAAUGUUGAUAAAGAGGGAAUGAAUCGCGUUAUGGUUACGAUGAACAUAAUUUCCUAACUCUUUUUACACAAUUCAAAAUUGAAAUGAUAAAAGGAUGUUAAAUGAAUGACUAAUAGGGUUGAUUAAGAAUUAACUAAAUCACGCGAUGCAAAGUAUUUAAUUCGCCUCUCUAUUUUUGCCGCGGCGCCAAUUUAAACUCGGAACGCAUCGUCAUUCUAAUCGUAGCACAAAAUUAUUCGAUUCGCUCGCAAACUACAAACGUCCUCUCCGCCCGAGACGCAAAAGUUACGGCCGGCUG